AUGGCUAGUACUGGAUACAAACAUGAACCAUCACUGUAUAUAAGGACAUGCUGUAACAGUAGUAACUUAGGACAGACUAUUCGUAUGAGAGAAGGAAGAGUGAAGACCAUCAUGGUAUGUCCUGAUGUAAGGCCACAAGCCUGUCCACCACCAGACUGUAAGGAAUGGUAUAGCAAUGGUAGCACUAUUAGUGGCCUGUAUAAUAUCAAUCCUGAUGGAGGGACUCCAUUUGAAUGUGAUAUGGAGACUGAUGGUGGUGGAUGGACUGUAUUUCAGAGGAGACAAGAUGGAUCUGUUGAUUUCUUUAGAUGCUGGACUGACUAUGAGAAUGGAUUUGGUGACCUUACUGGUGAGUUUUGGUUAGGAUUGAGCAAGAUUCAUCGUCUUACUAAAGAAGGAUCAAACACACUAAGAGUGGACCUGGGAGACUUUGAGGGGAACACAAGUUAUGCUAACUACUCUACAUUUAAUGUUAGUGAUGGUAGUACUGAAUAUAUACUAACAGUAGGAGGAUACUCUGGUACUGCUGGGGAUAGUCUGGCCUAUCAUAAUGGAUGGAGAUUCAGUACAACAGAUAAUGAUAAUGAUUACUAUGGAGGUAGCUGUGCUCAAUUGGCCACUGGUGCCUGGUGGUAUCGUUACUGCUAUCUUUCAAAUCUUAAUGGUCGUUAUUUUAGUACUGCAGCUGAUGAUUAUGAAGGAAUUAAGUGGUACUAUUGGAAAUCAACUACUCUCUCGUUCACAGAGAUGAAAACUCGUCGUAACAAUUAA